AUGGCCGACAACAUGACGAUGAGAGGAAGCACGACCGACGUUCCGGCUCCCGAAAUACGACGGCGUCGGCUACUGCGCGUAAUCACCACCUGGAUGGCCAUGCGAGCCAAACACCGCAGCGAGGAAAGACUUCUGCGCCUUGCGCUUGAAGAGCAAGAAGCUUUCACUCGAGCGUGCGAGGACGCGAUGUGCGCCAACUUGUUCACGAUGGCGGCUAUUGCGAUUGAGCUGCUGCAUCCCAUUCAGAGAGAGCGCUGGGCCUUUCAGCGCAACGAAAGGUGGUUUGAAGGCACGCUGCCGCACUUGGGCGAUGCGCACUUCAGGCAGUCAUUACGUGUGACGCCUGCAACAUUCAACUACCUUGUGAAUGUUCUGACACCUGUGCUAGAACGAGCAGACACGAACAUGCGGCCGGCUGUGUCAGUGGCGAAGAGAAUAGCCAUCGGACUGUACCGGCUACGUUCGACGGCGGAAGACGCCACCAUUGCACAUUUGUUUGGAGUCGGUCGGUCGACAGUGAAUGUAAUAUGCCGAGAAUUUUUCGCGGCAGUUAUCAAAACACUUGAGGGCCAGUGGCUUCGGAUGAUCCGCCGUGCUGAAAUGGGGGAGCACAUAAGGAAGUUCCACAGAGUCAGUGGCUUUCCGCAGGCAAUCGGUGCUUUGGAUGGUUGUCACAUCCCGGUAUCUCCACCAGAGGAGCAUGCAACUGACUACUUCAAUUACAAGGGAUGGUACAGCAUGAUACUCUUGGCACUCGUUGACCAUCAGUACCGAUUCAGGUAUAUCAACGUGGGAAGCCCGGGCAGGUGUCACGAUGCUUUUGUGUACGGUCGUUCAGAUUUUUGCAAGCUGGUGGAGAGCGACUUUUUCAAAACUCCCGUCUCCGUCAUUGAGGGAACUACAGUAGCACCAAUAAUACUGUGUGACCAAGCGUUCCCUCUAACGGCAAACCUUCAGAAGCCGUUCGCAAACGCAGUUACAGGAAGCCGUGAAAGGAUGUUCAACUACCAGCUCUCAAGAACCAGGAGAAUAGUAGAGAAUGCCUUCGGGAGGCUGAAGGCUCGCUUCAGAUACACUUCCAAGAGAAUGGAGUGCAAGAUCAAGACAGCCAAACAGGCCAUCAGAGCUGCAUGUGUGCUGCACAACAUCUGCGAGACACUCAAAGACCCAGUUGAAUACCAAUGGGAGCAGGAGCUGCAUGACUUCAACACGCAGUAUCCUCAGCCAGCCCACAGCACUGAUGUGUCCAGUGGUGAUGGUGAACGUGUGAGGGAGGCACUCGCAAACUAUUUCUUUAGACAAGCUCAGCAGCAAUAG